CCGAAUCGUGGUGUACGGCCGCCCCGUCGUCCACUCUUUUCUCUGCUGUGCUGAUCCUCCCUUCUCUUGAGCAAGCAUAUAAGCUGAUCUAUGGAGGUUGCAAAUUGCCUCUCCUUGGGCUGUCUCUCUUACUGCGAGCGAACACUGUGUCGGUCAGGAGGUAACCGCACAGGUCGCUCGUCUGGACAGCUUCGCAAUAGCUCAAAGUCCUCCCUCGUUCCAAGCAUCAACCAUGGGGGCGCUUCCGCGUCGUCGUAUGCAGCGCUCGGUGACGAGCGAGCGUUCUCCGGCGAUGGUGGUAAUCUCAGUCUUGCGUAUUCCGGUGGCCAGCAGCUCGAUGUGCCCGCGGUCCCGCGCGCACGUGUCCCGACUGCAUCUGGCGGAACGGAGGCGCAGCUCGCGCGCUCGAGCGGUCGUCGAGCGCGGAUCGGAUCGUCCAGACCUGCGGCCGAAGAGUCCAGAUCCGGACAGGUGCCGGUAGCUGCUGUAGCUGGAGUGAACUCGCCUGCUUCGCCGUCGAUCCGGCGGUCCCAACGGCGAUCUCUCGGUGUCAUCGGAUCGCUCUUGUCUCCGCCGUGUCCCAAGCCGGGACAGGAUCACAUCCGUUGGCCCUGGAAGUCCUCGAAAUCAGAGGUGACUGGCGAUCUUUCGACGUCUGUUUCCGGCCGCUCGAUCGUCGGCCUUGGUUCGAGUCGGAAUCAGGGGGGCGACGCGCACGCCUGCGGUGUUGUUGGUCAACCAGCGUUGACGAAGAAUAGGUUGCCACGUGGCAACGGAUUUCCAUCCCAUCAUGAUGAGACGGAGAGGAGGAAGGCGACGGCGAAUGCGAGUAGUCGGGCGCUCGUGGUGGACACGUGGCAUUCUGGCCCGCUUGGCGGAGGGUUCGCGCAGUCGGAGGGAUGCGCCGCGGAACUGCUCCCAUCAGCGAUGAAAAUGGCAAGAAUAGGAGGAAGGGGAGGAGGUGGUACGGAUGGACGUGGAUGCGAGGAUCGCCUGCCCAGGAAGGGAGGUCGACAGCGGGCAAAGCUUCGAGGAGAGGAGGGAGGCAAUAAUACGCGGAAUGCAGGGGAUGGGGGAAACAUCAUGGAGGAGGGGGAAAGAGGAGAGAGGGGCACGGGAUUGGCGCGGGUGGUUGGGGCUGGAGGGGGGAAUGUGGGAGGAGGCGGGGGCAGACAAGCAACGAGGCGCGGGAGGAGAGGAGUAGCGCGGAUAGGAGUAGGGGGGGAGGGAGGAGGGGGAGGAGGAGGAGGAGGACAAGGCUUUGAUACGGCAGGGCUUAGUCUAGCCAUUGGUAUGGGCUUAGGAUUAGGAGGUGUGGGCAUGGGUGCGUUUAUGCAGUCCAUGAGUGGCUUGGACAGACAUGGAGGACGCUUGCAAAGGAUUGUCGCUGCUGAGGAAAAUGCUGCCGAUGAUGAAGUAUUGGAGAAAGAUGGCGAUGGAGCUGCCAGCGGGUUCAAUUCCGGCACACAAAAUAAGGUCCUGAUUGCGUCUCGUGGACCAUUCAAUCGCUUUGUGAUGGCACACUGGCCGUCAAUUUCAGGAAAUGCCAACUUCGAGGUUGCCUGGAGUGAAGAUGCGAUAUUAGGGUUGGUAGAAGCGGAGGCAGGAGAGCCAGGAUCUACAUUCUAUCAGCGUCGCUGCUUCACAGCACCAGAUGGAGGCAUUAUAGCAAUUGAUUGGCCAUCGGAUUUGGAUUGGGCUGUGGAUGAUGGCCGUGGCCCAACUGUUGUGAUAAUCGCUGGAACUAUCGAAGGAAGCGCUGAUGUACGUGUUCGCAGUUUCGUCACACAAGCCAAAGCAAAUGGAUGCUUCCCAGUUGUGAUGAACCCACGAGGCUGCGCAGAGAGUCCAGUCACUACACCAAGACUUUUUGCAGGAUCUGAUAGUGAAGAUGUGAAGUUAGUGAUUGAUGCGAUCGCUUUGGAAUCUGCCAGUGAGAUUGUGGCUGUGGGAUUCUUUCCACUUGGAGCAAACAUGCUGGUUAAGUACCUCGGUGAACAAGGGGAGAAGGCCCCAGUCCUUGCAGCGGUUUCAUUGGACAACCCAUUUGACAUGUAUAGCAUGGCAUACUCUUAUGAAGACACGAAUCCGGGAGUGGCAUUGUCGUUGCUUCUUAAGAAACACCUGCCCCUUUUCGCAGGCUUGAAGGGCGUAUUUGACCUUAACCGUGGGCUGGGUGCAUCUUGCCUUGCGGAUUUUGAUGACGCAAUUACGAAGAAUUAUGCUGGGUAUGCCAGUUUGGGAGACUACUAUGCAUCUGCAAGCUCUGGGCCAUUGAUAGAAAAUGUUUCUGUGCCUUUGCUCUGUGUCCAGGAGGACACUGGUGAUCUGACGUCGAGUCUUCAGUGGGCACCGCUUGGAGCCAUGGAAAGAAACCCAUUCGCUACAUUUGUGGUGUCGUCAUCAGGCACCGGUGGAUUUCAAGGAUCAGUGGAAGAUCUUGCUUCAUGGAUAUCAGGAACCAGCCAACUCAUCCUGGAGGUGCGCGGCGGCUUCUUCAACCUCAGGUCCGCUAUGGCGGACUAUCACCUUUGGCGGCCACCUGGUUAUGGCGCAUCAGGCAAGGAUCCGACGGUGACCGAUGACCCUUGUUCGCCUGGGGUUGCAGCCAAGAGAUUGAUGCGUCCUCUGCCACUGCAACAGAAGGAUUUGGGCGAUGAAGAACAUGGUAAUGAACAGCCUGAUCAACCCAAAGGAGGGUCCGUCUCAUCACUGGUGCAGUUGGAUGAUGGUGCAAAGGCUGUAGUGGAAGUACCAGUGAUGGAGGCAGUGAUGCAGGGAGCUCUUGUCAAGCAAGAAGAGCAGGAGGCAUUUGGAAAAGAUACCCAGCUGGGAGAAGUUGGGAAAUGUCUGUUACGCUCAGGCAGUCCAACAGAAGCAGACGAUUUGCAACAGGGUGAUGAAGCUGACCACAUAAACAAUAAAUCACUGGCUGUGCGAGAGACAGUUGAUGCUGUGCAUUUGAAGACGGAUGAAUCGGCUGUGGUACCCGCUAGUGCAAUAAAUCCUACAGAUGGAGAGGCAGGAGGGUCUUUAGCCCCAGCUGAAGCAAUCCUUCGCCUUGUGGAUUUGGCGAUGCCUGGGGUUCUGUCAAAGAAUGAAAAGCAGCAGGAAGUGUAUAUGAGACAGAUCCAGGCAUUUGCAUUCCCGUGCCAUCUCCUCCUUCACCCUAUCCUCCGGCUCUUUCUCGUUCUGACUGUCUCGCUGCAAUCGAGGCUGAGGAACAACGCCAGCUGGCAGUCAAGGCUGCCCAGCUACAGGCUGAUGAAGCGGCAACAGCAGAGAAGCUGCGGCUACAGGCCGAAGCAGACGCAGAUCCGCAAGGAAGCCCAGGCUCUGCUGCAGCGGCAUGAAGCCAACAACAUCGAGAAACUCAAGUACUGGCACUUUGAACCGAACGGCGACGAGCCAACACCGGAAGAGCAUCAUAAGGAGUUCAUGGCCAAGCUCGUGAGCAGGGUACCACCAACUCGAGAUUCGCAAGGGGAUCGCUACAAGACCGCGUUCAAGACACGGUAUGGGCAUUUCGAAUGGCUGGUCAUGUCGUUUGGCCUUACGAAUGCCCCAGCCACUUUCCAAGCGGCUAUGACAACAGAGUUCCGACACAUGCUGGAUCGGUUUGUACUCAUCUACCUCGACGACAUCUUGGUGUAUAGUCGGAGUUUGGACGAGCAUGUGGAACACCUGCGCACCGUCUUGGAGCGGCUACAACAAGCCAAGUACAAAGCAAACCGCGACAAGUGCGAGUUCGCACAGCAGGAGCUGGAGUACUUGGGACACUAUGUGACGCCGCAAGGCAUCCGUCCGCUUGCGGACAAGAUCGAGGCCCUACGAGUAUGGCCCGAGCCCACCAACACCACGGACGUUCGUUCAUUCAUGGGGUUGGCGGGCUACUAUCAGCGAUUCAUCACCGGAUACUCCAGGAUUGUUGCACCUAUGACGAGGUUACAGUCGCCAAAGAUGCCAUUCGUAUUCGAUGACGACACACGCCGGUCAUUCCAAGGACUUAAGACGGCUAUGCUCAUGGCACCCGUCCUUAGCAUCUAUGACCCCACCUUGCCUACGAGAGUUCACCUGGGUUACGGACAACAAUCCAUUGACCUACUACAAGACGCAGGAAGCACGAUCGGACGGUGGAUGUACUUCAUCGACCAAUUUGACUUCACACCGAAACAUGUCCCCGGCCUCUCCAAUCGCGCAGCAGAUGCACUCUCGCGAAGUCUUGAUCUUUGCGCUAUGACACAUCAUGCCUUCACAUUCGACGAGGAGCUUCAGCGAUACUUCAUCCGGGCAUAUCAGUCUGAUCCGGACUUCGGCACGCUCUAUGCACAACUAUCUUCGGAUCACCCGCCGGCCAGCCAUUUCCGCAUUGACGACGGGUACUUGCUCCUCCACUCGAGAGGCAAGGACUUACUAUGUGUCCCACUCGGCCGUUGUCUUCGGACUCGCCGCCUCGGUGAGUAUCAUGAUUCACGGCUCGCCGGCCAUUUUGGAGUCAACCGCACUAUUGCACGGCUUCGACAGCGAUUCCGAUGGCCUGACCUCAUUACCGAUGUCACUCGGUAUUGCGACUCUUGCGAAGUUUGCCGACGCAGCAAGCCCCGCAACCGCAAUCCCUACGGCGAGUUACACCCGAUGCCUAUCCCACGGGAACSCGGUCUCUCCAUUGCCAUGGACGUCACCGGUCCGUUUCCUCACGACCGGCUCGGGCACGACGGCAUCCUCACGGUUGUGGACCGAUUGAGUAAGUACGCGCGUUUUCUCCCUUGCAAGUACUACUCCACGGCUCCCGAGCURGCRCGCCUCCUGCACACUGGUUGGAUUUGUGGCCACGGUGUACCAGAAGACAUUGUCAGYGACCRCGACACUCGUUUCAUGUCGGCGUUUUGGACUGCUCUCAUGCAGGAGUCYGGCACAACAAUGAAACCAAGUUCGGCUCGGCAUCCUCAGACAGACGGGCAGACGGAGCGGGCACAUSAAACCGCUCAAAUGAUGCUUCGUAYGCUCAUCCGCCCGGACCAGAAAGAUUGGGUUGACCGCCUCCCCGACAUCGAGUUCGCCUACAACACUUCGGUGCACCCGGCGAUCGGCGUGACUCCAUUCGAGUUGCACCACGGUGGACGGAAAGGCCGUAUCUUCGCCGACCUUCUCCUCCCUCGACCAGCCGACAUUGAUGCUGCCUGCUCUCCCGCUUUCGUCCGGAAGUAUAGGGAAUUGCUGACUCAAGCCCGCCCAAAUAUGCAAAAGGCUCAAGUCUGCAUGCAGCAGCAAGCCAACAGGCGCCGCGUACCAUGUCCCAUCCGCGCCGGUGAUCUGGUUUGGGUCUCUGCGGAAGAGUUUGCACUGGAACAGGAUGUUUCACGCAAACUGCUUCCCAAGUGGUUUGGACCUUGGUCUGUGACAGCAGCCGCGGGCGAUGAGCCCGAUGGCCCUUCAUUUGUGAUCAACUUUCCAGAGCAUCUGACGGUCCAUCCGGUCUUCCACGCCUCGAAGCUGGCAACAUACACGCCAGCCAAGAGCGACGACUUUUCGGGUCGACGAUCGCAGGACCCUCCUUCUAUGGAUGGUCAUCAGGAAGUUGACCGCGUCAUUUCCGAUCGCAAGUACGGCAGCAAGCCGCGGCAGUACAAAGUCACAUUCAAAGCAUGCGAUCGCGACGACACUCGGUGGAUUUCAGGCGCAGAUUUGAAAGCAUCCGCACCGCUGAUCUACSCGCAUUAUGAAAAGCGGAGGUUAGCGCAGGAAGCUUCACGACCAGCCCCUCCCACCCGGACUGUGGUCCCUCCCUCAGACAGACAGCUUCGCCCUCGCAGGUACAUCGAAGAGGAAGCUGGAGCUAUGGCGCCACAGGUGUUGAUUGCAGUGGAACAGGGACAGACGGUAACCCACGCACUGACAGUAGCAGUACCAGUAGAAGCUCGAGCGAAGCUGAAGGCAGUUCUACAAGAUGUUGCAUCAGUUACUGGACAGUACAUCGAUGUCAAAGUACACUCUUCAACAAAGCCUGGAGUACCUGCCCCAGCUCUUGGCCAAUCAAGGCUGGAGAAUGGGUCGUCUGAAGAACGAAUGGGAUCCAAUAACUCUCAAGGUCCCGGGCAAGAUCUUGGUUCAAGAGCAUUAGCAACGUCUGAAAUGGGAUCCUACAACUCUCAAGGUCCUGGGCAAGGUCUUGGUUCAAGAGCAUUAGCAACGACGGAGGUAUCUUCUGUAGUUGAUGAUGGGGACCACACUGCUAUCCCUGCCAUGCCCCCAGGACCAACGUCAACACUUACAGCAGAUGAGACUGGGAAGACAACCACAGAAAGAGCUGGGAACAUGCUGGGACUCGUGGACACAACUGAAGAAGUCAAGGCAAUUUCCAAUAAAGAACCGCAUGUGGGGGUGACAUUGCUGUCACCCUGUGGAAUAGGAGAUGUAGAGGUGUUCACAACCACACCUGGAUUGGAAGACCUUGGUAAGGAGGAUAGGGUCACCACACCUGAUAAAUGCCAGGCAGAGUUCCAGAAUCAACGGCAGCCAGAUAUAAAAUGGAAUGGAGAGCAGAUUAGGGAAGAAGGGCCUACCUCGACUUCGGCUGCUGCUGCUAACUGCAGCAUCAAAAUCAUGGGGAAGGAGGAUGACAGCUGUGAUCUGGAUGCAUCAUCCUCUGCUAUGGAGGAGGGCAAGACAAUGUUACUGAAGGAGCGGCAGCCUCUAAUGAAUUCCGACGAACCAGUUUCAUCAGCUAAUCGCAUCACAAAGGAGGUGAAAAUAGUUGGAAAGAAGUCCAGUCCAGUAAGUGUAAGCCAAGAGGUCACAAUUGCUACGUUGGACAAAGGCUCAGUGAGCUCGGGGACUGAACUGCAGCUAGAUGCUAGAGAGGGUGGAAAUAAGGGCAGUCGAGAAGGACAUACCUCUUCUUUAGUUCCCGAUGAUAGCAGUAUGGAAUCCUCUGAGAAAGAGGUGAAAAUAGUCGCGAAGAAAUCUGGUCCAGAAGGUGGAAGCCAUGAGGUUACAAUCACUACACUGGACAAAGGCCCGGUGAUCUCUGGGAGCGAACUGCAGCUAGAUCCAAGAGAAGGUGGAAAUAAGAGCAGUCAGGAAGGGAAUACCUGUUCUUUAGUUGCUGCAGAUGAUAGCAGUAUGGAAUCCUCUGAGAAAGAGGUGAAAAUAGUUGCGAAGAAAUCUGGUCCAGAAGGUGUAAGCCAUGAGGUUACAAUCACUACACUGGCCAAAGGCCCGGUGAUUUCUGGGAGCGAACUGCAGCUAGAUCCAAGAGAAGGUGGAAAUAAGAGCAGUCAGGAAGGGCAUAACCGUUCUUUAGUUGCUGCAGAUGAUAGCAGCCUGGAAGCCUUGGGGAAACAUGCAUCUAAUGACUCGACUGGUGACAGGCUGGAUGUCGAAGACCCUCUUCUUCCACGAUCUACAACUUCCCCUUCUGGUACUCUCCCCAGUGUUGCAACCACUCUUGCCACACCCGGUUCUCUUGCUACUUCCCCUGGUCCUCCAGUACUUGUUCCUCCUGCUCCUCCAUCUUCUGUGCCCUCUAGUCCCACAGCUGCUCCUCUUGCUCCUCCUCCGCUUCCUCGGCCUGCUGCUCCAGGUCAUGUUACUCCAAAUGCCACUACUGUGCCUGCUGCACGUGUCCCCUCUUCCGCUGCAACUUCUCCUCCAGUUCCUUCUCCCCCUGCCGUGAGUGUCCCCACCCAGUCACCUUCUACCCCUUCGGCUUUCAGUGCAGUUAGCCAAUCCUUUGAGGCGCUCCUGGGUAUUGAUGAUUCCGCACAACAUGCAGUCAAGAACGUUCUGGCACUUGUGGAUGAAUGGAUGUCGAAUCUCGAGGAGAGAGAUGAUGGGAAGGUUGUCGCAGAAGGUAAACCUGCAGAGGGUGAAACUGUUGUUGAUGUGAAUCUACAAAUACAACAGACAAACAAAACUACUUCUGGAGCUGUGCAGGUCAACGAAGUGCUGCUCAAGGGAAAGGGUAGGGGAAAUGAAACUCAAGGGGUGGUGUAUUUGGCAAGCAAGAAAGGAGAAACAGGAGGAACUUGGACAGCAGAGACAGUCAAGGAAGGAAAUGAAGGGGUUGAGACUGCCACGGAAAGACAACAGCCAGGCACAGGAAUUGAGUCCAGCUGGAAUGGCUGGGGUGCUGAUUCUGCUAUUGAAGAAUGCUCUAAUAUCGAGAUAGAACGUGACCUACUGAUGUCCAGCCAAGGAGGAGGUUGGCACAUGCAAGCGGAUGCAACUUCUUCAGCACGGGACAGCUUGAAGGUAUCCACUCAAAGUGAAAUGAAUGGUGUCAUGAAAAAUCACGUUGAAGUGUCGGACCCGAUGGUUUUGGACAUGGGCCUCUCUGAAGAGGUAACAAACAACGAAAACAUUGGCGCAAGAGAAAAAUGCAACCCGUUGGAUUGGGCAACUAAACAGUCUGGUGUGAUGGUAAUGAUGGUGGGCAACAGUAAUGAUGGAAAUUCUGCUGACAAUAACAUCAACCAUGAGCAUGACAAAGAGGCCGAUGUAGAUGGAGAGGCUGACGAUAUAGUGGAGAGAUUGGGUAGGACAGUUUCCAAAGCAUUGCUAUUGUUCAUCGUUCCCCACCUAAGCGAGGAAGGCUUCAAACAAUCGGAGGAGAAGGUCCAUGGUGAGGUCCUGAGAGUUUCACAAUCUCUGACAAGCACCUUGUUGAGCAGGAUGAAGGCUGUUAAAAAAAGCAUGCAUGGUGCAUUGGACACUGAGGACAAUCAUUGGUGCCUUGAAGUUGAAGCCACACUUCGGGAUGCUGUGUCCAAGGAAGAGAUACUGAGGGAUUACGUGCCUUUCGCUUCUAUCAGGAAAGCAGUCUUGUCUUCUCUUGUAAGUGUAUAUCCGACUUCCCAAACUGACCAGCAGACAGCAAAGAGUAACUUUUUGGAUGUAGAUGAGAAGGUAGUGAAGGAGGGUGGGAAUGUAAGUGAGCAGCGCCAUUUGGUGCCAUCUGCUGUUACUGAAAGAAACGGAGAACGACAACCUCGAAAUGGUUCCUCUUCAGGAAAUGAUGGGAGGCGAGAUGGUAGCGCAGACUUUGGUGACUAUCGAAGCAUGAGAGUGUCUAAUAGUGUUUGGGUGAUCAAUCAAACAGGUGGUGAUGGAUCUAGUCAGGAUGAUUCUCCCAUUGGUGGUGGCAAGGAAGGGGUAGCGUUUGGGAAAAUACGUUUUGUAGAAAUGGUUGAAGCAAAAGAAUCUGGCGGUGAUGGGGGAUGGAAUGGUGGAGGGGACGGGAAAGGUGUUCGGGAUGAUGAUGGGGAUGAUCCAGGGGGCAGUGAAGGCGACGAAGGGGAGGGAGUGCUUGUUGGAUGGGCAGUAAAAGCAAGAAAGGUCGCUGCACCCAUUCUACCAAUGAAGCAAGGAGCACGGGUGGGAGAAGCCGAGGUCGACCAUGAUCGGCUUGUGGAAAUGCUCACAGUUGCAGGGUCAAAAGGUGGCAUGCUGCGAUUCGUUGGGAAGAUGGCCCUCUUUUGGGGAGGACUUAGGGAAGCAAUGAAUGUGACCGAGAGGCUUCCAGGGUUCUUGGGGAUACGGCAAAGGCCGUUGGCUCAAAGGCUUCUGGCAUUUUUGGUAAUGGUCUUCAUUGUCUGGGCGCCUAUCUUGCUUCCGUUGCUUCCAGCAUUGCUUCAGCAGUAUGCAAAUGCUCAAGGGGCUAGAGUGGUGCACGUUGCUGUGGCUGUGGGCCUGUAUGUGGCCAUUCUAAUACUAGUAAACAUAUGGGGACGCAAAGUGAGGAGAUAUCGACAUCCAUUCUAUGCAUAUGGUUUGCGGAUAUCAGAACACAGACAGGUGUUGACAGCCUUUUGUGGCCAUCUGGCUGGCCUUGCACUUGUUGCAGCCCUGUACUUUCUGGAGCUACAGUGUGGAUUUGUCCAGUUCUCAUCACCAUUUAUUGUGGCAACACCACCAGUGCCUGGGUUAUGGCAGAUGGGAAUGAGGAUUGCUUCAGUCGCUGAGUCUGUGGCAAAGGCUUUUAGGGUUGCCGUGCAAGGUUGUUUGCUGGGCGUCUCUGUUUCCGUGGUGGAGGAAGUGCUGUUCCGUGGCUGGAUGCAGGAGGAAGCUGCCAUUUCUUUGGGACAUAACCGUGCAGCACUGCUCUCAGCCGGCAUUUUUGCAGUGGUUCAUUGGUCGCUUCCUGCGUUACCAGGACUCGUUCUUCUGUCACUUGCUUUAGCUGGUGCUCGCUCUCGGAUGAAUGGCAGUCUUUCUCUACCAAUUGGACUGCACUCGGGACUUGUUGCAGGGAAUUUCUUUGUUCAUGUAGGAGGAUUUUUGCAUGCAACUCCAAGCUCUCCAAAUUGGAUAACUGGGAAUCAUGUGGGCAACCCGCUGGCAGGGGCGCUUGGGAUUGCGAUGAUGGCCAUGUUGGUGAUCGUUCUGUACCCCUGGAAAGCUCUGAAAGGGAGGGUGCAUCGAACCCGGACUCCAUCUCAGCGACUCCUGGAGGUGUCGUUUCCUAGUACCUUGUCUGAUCUAGAGCUUGGCCAGAAAAUGAAUGCUCCGGACUCACCUAGGAGUGUCACGAUCGACAUCUUCAAUGAUGAUGAUGAUGAUGAGGAGGAGGAGGAGGAGGGUCUUGAAGACAGCAGGUUCUAUUUGGGGGAGGGAAAGAAGGAAGUUUGAAGAGCACAUGCACAUGCGUUCUGAUGCGCCUUAGAUAUCAUGUCAUGCCAAUGCUGCAUGCACGAAUCCUCGUCUUCCAAACUCCACCGAGUGUCUGGAAUGAUAGACGGACCCCUGUUCGCCGGACUGAAUUCUGGUGCCGGGAAUAGGAUUUUAUAGAACCCAGCUUGUUCCGUGAGGAGGAAUGCCCCUUUUGUUUGGUCCCGGGAUCAUAGCCCCGGUUUGAGGAAGGAAUCCUGUCCCUAAACAGGACAGCUUAGGCCUGAAGCCUGUUCUCAGGAAUAUGACCAGGUUCGUUCCAUGGACGACUGAUGCCCCUGCUGUUCGUAUUAUUUCCUCCGAACACUACGCACCCUCAUUCCGACUGUAUGGGACCGGAAAGCCAGCUUGUAUACACGAGGAGAAAUGCCCGUGUUUCCCAGGCUCGUAGCCAGUUUUGGAAGGAAGGAAUGCUGUUCCUGCAUAGGAAAUCUCAGGACUGAAACCUGCACCUGGUCCCGGAAACAUAACCCAGUUAGUUCCAUGGAGGAGUGAUGCGCAAUCCGUACUAUUUCCAGCGAACAUGACACACCCUCAUUUUGACUGUACGCGACCGGAAAAGUAGCUUGUGUACAUUAAUCAUGAACAUGCAUUCUCUCGAGGGGACGAAGAUAGGACUGAAGUCAGUUUUGAACAGGUCCUUGUGGUCCUGGCUUAGAGUGUGGCAACAUGUUGUUUCAGGGACAGACAGGAGACGGCUACCGUCUUCUUCACCCGAAUAGAACACCCGGUCAUUAUAUAGCUGCAUUUGGCACAACUUUCAGUCCAGAUGCAGUGAUAAUGACCGGGUAUUCUGCUUGGGUGAAGACGGUAGGUAGGCAUCUUCGGGUCGGACUCUUUGUGGUCCAGGCUCUGACAAGACAUCUUUUGUCGACUACGUCAGGCUCUCUCUGGAGGGGAUGAAAGUAAAAGGGGGAAGGGAGGGAGAAAGUCGUGCUGCAGGGUGGCGAUGAGAGAGACAGGAGAUGGGCAGGCGCGCGAGCUUGACUCCUAAUUGGGUCGGGCACAUUUUUGUUCAAUCAGGUCAGCACCAGGCACACUCUCAGGACCAUGGGGCUCUUUUUGGCCCUUUCUUGCGCAUCUUUGGCCUUCAUCGCUCAACGAGCUGCAUCGACAGUGAGGUGACCUAGGCAUUCAGGCUGGACUGCGAGCCAGCCACAAAUGUUUUUCACUUUGUUUUUUCUCUCUCUCUCUCUCUUGUUCGCAACUCGUUACAUAUUCUUACGGCUCUUAAAUUCUUAAUUGGGCUGCAGGGCCUGUAUGAUCUUCCAGACAGCCCUCUACAUUGCUACAUUGAUGACUACAGGUUGCAGGGGCGUCUUAUCCCGGCUGUAGGGUGUAGGGGGGUAUUCAUACUAUUCAAUGUUGUUGUUAUUAAGAUGUCCCGAAGGACGUCUACCAGACAUACUGAUUUGCAAUGCCACUCUAAAUUGUAUCACCAUCGGGGGUUGCAGUUGGCACCUGUGCAAGGAGAUAAAAGUUGAUGGUCGGAUGACGUCGACUCCGCUCGUAGCAAACUGGCCAGCUAGAAAGUUAUUAAAAGUUAAAAACCCACCAGGUGUCCUUUCUGCAGCACCACUCAGCUCGUCUCCGAGGGCGUCAAUAGCGUAAGCGGGCGCUUUCUGACAAGGAACAUAUUUGCUUUGUUUGUAGGUAAACAUCGUGUCCUGCAGUCGAUGAAGAGGCAUAUCGGGUCAUGUCAUUGCCACAACACACUGCAGAAUAUGCAAAAGCAAAGCAUUGCGACGCAGAGAGCGCAGACAAUAAAGGGUGAACUGAUGUUUGAUAUGAUGCCCUCUGCGGGUAGCGUCUAGUAGGUAUUCCUGGUGUGUGCUUGCACGUCUUGUCUUUGCCCCAAUACGAUGCAGAAUGGGUACGCAAACGCAUUGCCAUCUGCAGAGCGCAGAAAAAAAAUGUGAGCUGAUGUAAUGCCCCGCAGGUAGAGUCGAGUGUAGUACCAGUGUGUGAUUGCGCAUGUUCGCCCGAAGAUGUAAUGCCCCGCAGGUAGAGUCAAGUGUAGUACCGGUGUGUGAUUGCGUAUGUUCGCCCUGCAAGUAGUGUCAACGAUGGUCGGCACUGGUCGCGGUGUUUGCUUGCGUCCUUUGCCCCAACAUGAUGCAGAACGCGGAAGUUGAUGCAUUUUCAUCUGCAGAGCUCGGACAAUAAAUGGCGAACCGAUGUAAUGCCCUGCAGGUAGCAUCAAGUGAGUACCGGUGCGGGCUUGCAUAUGCGGCGUGUGCUUGUGUAUGUUCGCCUCACGGCAUGUCUUUGCCCGAACACAAUGCAGAAUGCAGAAGCAACGCAUCAUGAUGUGCGCAGCUUAGACAAUACAUGGCGAACUGAUCUAGUGCCAGUGUGUCUGUGUGCUUCUGUAUGUUUGCUUACGGUGGAUUUCUGUACCAGUACGUAUCUGGACGUGGAUAGAGUAAAACUAGUCAUUGUGUUUAGUACUCUUCACAGUGUAUACACAGGUUUUUCAUAGCAAUUUUAACUUUAUUAAUAAUGAUGAUUAUUUAGAAAUAAAUGUCAGUGUUCUAG